GACCUGGUCCUCAGGAAGUACUCGGGUGAGAGAGGAGCCUCUGUCAUACCCUGGGGCCAAGGGAACCACAUCCCGGGGCCGCGCACCCGGCCUGGCCUCCGGGACGCAGCAAACUCGCCGGCCACGGGCAUCUCCAGCGGCGACAACUUCCGGCCUCGGAGCUUCCCCCCGCCCCCGUGGCUCGCCCGGGUCCUCGCUGUGGAAAGGUGACCGUGGCUGCCGCCGGGCCUGAGCAGACGUCGGGCCAGGGGCUGCCACGUCCUCAGGACGGCGGUGAGGACACCGCAGGGUGCUAGUGCUCGGCCAUGCGUCGUGCGGCGCCGCCGGCGGGGCUGGAGCGGAGGACGGCCCGGAGCGGGGCGCACCGGCGUGCGCGGGGCAGGCGCGGAGGCGGAAGUGAGGGCACGGCCUGCCUGGCCAGCCGUCUAGGAAGCCGCCGCCGGUCGCCCCGCGGGAGCAUUCGGAGCCCCGCCAGACCGUCGCGACUCAGCCUCGGAUGCCGGCGCGAUGCCUCUGUUCACUGCCAACCCGUUCGAGCAAGACGUGGAAAAAGCCACAAAUGAGUACAACACUACAGAAGACUGGAGUCUGAUUAUGGACAUCUGUGAUAGGGUUGGAAGCACUCCCAAUGGAGCAAAAGAUUGCCUAAAAGCCAUAAUGAAACGGGUAAACCAUAAGGUCCCUCAUGUUGCUCUUCAGGCAUUAACUCUUCUUGGGGCUUGCGUGGCAAACUGUGGAAAGAUAUUUCAUUUAGAAGUGUGUUCCCGUGAUUUUGCAACAGAAGUACGUGCUCUGAUAAAAAAUAAGGCUCAUCCUAAAGUAUGUGAAAAACUGAAAUCUCUAAUGGUGGAAUGGUCAGAGGAAUUCCAAAAGGACCCCCAAUGUAGUCUGAUAUCUGCAACUAUUAAAUCUAUGAAAGAAGAAGGAGUUACUUUUCCUUCAGCAGGUUCCCAGACUGUCUCGGCUGCUGCCAAAAACGGUACAUCAUUGAACAGAAACAAAGAAGAUGAAGACAUAGCGAAAGCUAUUGAGCUGUCCUUGCAAGAGCAGAAGCAGCAGUGCGCAGAGACAAAGUCUCUGUGUCCACCUGCAGAGACGCAGUUAAAUAACAAGCCUGCGCGGAGAGUCAGAGCGUUGUACGACUUUGAAGCCGUGGAGGACAACGAACUCACCUUUAAACACGGUGAAAUCAUUACUGUUUUGGAUGACAGUGAUGCCAACUGGUGGAAAGGAGAAAGUCCCCGAGGAAUUGGACUCUUCCCCUCUAACUUCGUGACGACCAACUUAAACGUAGAGUCUGAGGCAGCAACAGUGGACAAGUUGAAUGUAAUUGAUGAUGAUGUGGAGGAAAUUAAGAAAUCAGAGCCUGAGCCUGUUUAUAUAGAUGAGGAUAAAAUGGAUAGAGCCCUGCAGGUUCUUCAGAGCAUAGAUCCGAAGGAUUCAAAACCUGACUCCCAAGAUCUCUUGGACCUAGAAGAUAUUUGCCAACAGAUGGGUCCAAUGAUAGAUGAAAAGCUUGAAGAGAUUGAUAGGCAGCAUUCAGAACUGUCUGAGUUGAAUGUGAAGGUCUUGGAAGCUCUGGACCUAUAUAACAAAUUGGUGAAUGAGGUACCUGUCUAUUCAGUCUAUGCAAAGCUUCAUCCAGCACAUUACUCAUCUACAUCCUCUGGGGUUCCAGUGCAGACAUAUCCAGUUCAGUCGCAUGGUGGAAACUACCUGGGUCAUAGCAUUCACCAAGUAUCUGUUGCCCAGAGCUAUGGCCUAGGACCCGAUCCUAUGGGCUCACUGAGAUCUCUGCCUCCAAAUAUGAACUCCUCAGUAACAACACACACUGUCCAAACUCCAUAUUUAAGCACUGGACAGGACACUGUUUCCAGCCCUUCUUAUGUGAACCAGAGCUCUCGUCUUCCGUCAGCUGCUGGUCCAGCUGCUUACACACAGCCUGUGGGGAUGUCUGCAGACGUGUCCUCUUACCAGAGCACAGCCUCCAGUUUGCCACAGCUGCCUGGCUUUCCAGGGGCAGUUCCUGCACCUCCAGCCGCACUGCCGCCCACAAGUUACCACCAGCAGCCUCUCCUUUAGAGACACACCAGGGCUGUUGGAAGUCUUCUAGGUGUGUCACUCGACCCAGGGGAUUCUGAUCUGAAGUGCUUACUUUCCCCUCUCAGUCAAAAAGAACCAUGAAUAAUAAAGCACAAAUCCCUACCUUA